GCGGACUGCAAAAAGUAGAGAAGAAUUAAAGAGAGAGAGGGAGGGUGUGGGCCCCACAUCUCCCGCCUUUCCUAUAAAAACUAAAAAGCAUGUAACGUAUCACCCAACCAUCCCAAAACAAGCGCGCCUAUUCCUUUGUUUGCCUCACUCCAUUUCUCCUCCUUCCUUUUGAACUUUCCCUCUCACAAAUCACACAGAGAUUCAUGUGAACUUCCCUGUAACGCUGCUUCGAUCAACAAAAAAAAGUGUACGAGUAUCUACUUCCGGUGUGUGCUUCAAACUCUCUGGUGUUUUGCAUAAUGGAGAAGAAGGCUACCCUGGCAGCUGCGAUGGAUUGGAGACUGAAAAUCAAGAACGAAACUGGACAGAAAUUUGUCAAGUCUUUAUACGCAAAGUUGAAGGAACAGUGGUCUGCUUGCCGUCCUGAUGCCUAAAACAAAUUACUAACCUUGCGAUGGAACACGAGAAGAAGUUGUUUAAAAAUGCAAAUUCUGAGGAACAACAUAUUCCGCAGUCACUGUCACAGCCACACGAACGACUACAUGGACAAAAACUGAAAGUCAGACAGACGCAUCAACAAUAUGUUAUGCAUAAUCAAAGCUGUGUUAAACCACAGAAUAUACUAACUGCACCAUGUCGACCACAGGGUUUCCAGAGUCGAGCUUUUGGAAAUCAUAUGCCCCCAGAAAUGUUCACACAACAUCCAAAAGUUGUGAACUUGCAGCCAAAUGAGAAUUUGAGUGCCCAAGUAAAAGAGGAAGUGAUUGAUGAAGAUUUUAUUGGCUCAACAUUCUUACAUCAACACUAUUCUGCGAUUGAGCAGCAUAAGCAACACCAGUCGGUCGGAGCUUCUGCAGUUCCAAAUGGAAAUCCAAAUGCAGAAGAUUGGCAUGAUCUGGCAUUGUCUGAGGUGCAACGCCUCAGGACACACUUGCCUCUUUUGAAGAAGGCAUAUGUGAGGGCAUCUGAACAGUGUCUGCAGGUAGGACAAACAGAGAAGAUGGAGAAGUACGAGCACGAUAAGAAUAUACUGCAAAAAAUUAUCAACUUUUUGAAAUUGCCCGAGGACAGAAUCAUAUCUUACACCAAAGAGAGCUUUUAUCGAUGUGUGCAAACAAUUGAAGAAACUCUGAAAGUUCAUGAGAAAGGGAGUAUAAACAUCGCCAGUAAGAAGCAGCCCCUACAUGGGCAGCCAAGCCUUUGUCAAUCUCAUACAAACCCAACUCAGCAAACUGAUAGUUCUGAUAGUUCUUCUCCUAGAGCGCCACGAGAAAUAGGUUCCUUGAGGUCAGAAGCAGACUGGAUUCAGAAAUAUACUCCGCGGAAUAGGCAACAUUCAGAAAAAAUCGAGCAAGAAUUUAAGUCCUCGUGGAUAAAGCAGAAUCAGAAGUCAACAGAAAAUAUCCAGGCAAUUCGUAGAUCAGGAAUGUAUUUGGAGAAUCAUUUCAACUCGAAAUUCUUUCCUCAAACUCAUGAGGCUUCACGGCUUUCUCAGAUUGCAGAGCGAGCACUUCCCAAAAUUGCUUGCAAUUCAUUGUAUGGAAGAGCUUCUCCCACCUCUCCUUCAACAGAUGGGCUUGGAAAAAUUUCUUCAAAUGUUUCCUCCCUUUGGAGCCCAAUCUCUCAAUUCUCUCGAGGAUAUAGUUCUCUCAAGUUACUUAAUUCCAAAUCAGAAAUCGAAGUCCCAUCUCAUGAGAUCAGAAGCUAUAACACAAUGACCUGUCGGCUUGCAGAAACUACUCGUUUUGGAAACAAUGGACAAUUGUCAACAACAACUCAGCCUCAUAAUCGCUUGCUUAAAGCAGUUGAGUCAAUAUCAAAUGAAGCAUUAAGAGCAGCUAUACUAGAAAUAAGUUCAGUUACGAAUAUGGAAGACAGAAUCACAGAACCGUGGUUUUGCGAAAAGGAAACACAUUUAAGCCUGCAAGAUGGGGGCGGUUUCUCAAAGAAUAUGAAGCGAAAAAUGAAUGCAACAACCUUAAAUGACAUGCCAUCGCCUUGCAGUGAUAUUGUUGGGUCUGAACCAACAGUUACAUCAAUAAGCAAGAAGCUCAAGAAACUGUCUGAUAAUGCCCUAUUGGAAGAAAUGAGAAACAUAAACAGACAUUUCAUUGAAACGGUCUUAGAGUUAGAUACGGACGAGAAUGUCAAUAGGCGAUUGGCCAAUGCGGGUACCGUUCUUCGAUGUUCAUAUAGAGGUGCAACCGAAGGCAAGAAUUCAGUGUUCCAUUCUGAAAACAACACACUAAAGUUGCCAGUGCUUUCAGUGAAGCUGCUUGUGCCCCUGGAUUAUCCAGAAGAUUACCCUGUAUUCCUAAGCAAAUUGAACACAGACUGCGGUACUGAGGAUGGAGAAUUUAGAGACAUGUGGAGCAAAGCGACGUCCCUGCUAAGUGCAUUCCUCCGCACCUCUCCUGUCUACUUGUCUCUUGAAGAGUGUGCAAAGGCAUGGGAUGAAUGUGCUCGCGCUGUGGUAUGUGAUUAUGCACAACGUGCUGGCGGAGGAUGCUUCAGCUCUCGAUAUGGGAGUUGGGAGGACUGCGCCGCUACCUGACCUCCCUUUACUUUGAACAGAAUUCAGCUGAACAUACUAUUUUGAACAUAAUAUACCACUAGAUUCUAAGAUUCGCAUAUCAACACUAAACCAUUAUAUAAUAAUCCAUUGAU